UUCAAAUUUUGUUAAGUUGCAGGAGCCAUUCUGUCGUUUGCCAUUUGAUUUCACAUUUUAGAAUUGACAUUUCGUCCGACAGAAAUUUGAGUGAUUUAUAAUGGACUCGCCGGACGGAUCGCGUGGCCAUAUCCUGGGCAUGGUGGCGCGGGUGUGUGCGGUGACGGCUAUUACCUACUACAGUGCCAAGUGGAUGAUCGGCGCACUGGAUCCCAACAGCAAGGUGCGCAAAAAGGCCAAACAAUUGGCGGAGCAGCAACUGCGCAAACUGAACUCGGCGGCCAGUAGUGCGGCCCAAAAUUUGCGGAGCCGUGACUUUAACGAGCACGAAAUGGUGAUCGCCACGCAUCUGGUGGCCCCCGAGGACAUCGAUGUCAGUUGGUCGGACAUAGCCGGCCUGGAUGCGGUCAUUCAGGAGCUGAGGGAAACAGUGGUGCUGCCGGUACGCCACCGCGAGCUCUUCAGCCGCUCCCAAUUGUGGCGAGCGCCCAAGGGCGUCCUGCUGCACGGACCGCCAGGAUGUGGCAAGACUCUGAUUGCCAAGGCCAUGGCCAAGGAUGCUGGAAUGCGGUUCAUCAAUCUGGACGUGGCCGUGCUGACGGACAAGUGGUACGGCGAAAGCCAAAAGUUAGCCACUGCCGUCUUUACGCUGGCCCAAAAACUUCAGCCCUGCAUCAUUUUUAUAGACGAGAUCGACUCCUUUCUGCGCAUGCGCGGCUCCGGGGACCACGAGGCCACCGCCAUGAUGAAGACCCAGUUUAUGCUGCAGUGGGACGGCCUGAUGAGCAGCGCCAACAGUUGUGUCCUCGUCCUGGGGGCCACCAAUCGGCCGCAGGACCUCGACAAGGCCAUCCUGCGCCGCAUGCCGGCACAAUUCCACAUCGGAGUGCCGCUCGACUGCCAGCGACAGGCCAUCCUUCAGCUGAUCCUGCAGAGCGAGCAGCAGCAUCCUUCGGUCAAUCUAAUGGAGCUGGCACGGCUCACGCCUGGCUUCUCGGGAUCUGAUCUUCGAGAGCUGUGUCGCCACGCCUCCAUGCACCGCAUGCGGCAGUUCAUGCGCGAAAAGCUGAACACUGGCGAAGACGCGUUUGAGGAGGACUUCGAGGCGAAGGACCAAAGCUACCUCGACUGCGAGCAGCUGCAGCUACACAUGGAAGACCUGCUCAAGUCGCUGACCGUCAUGAAGAUAUCAAAGUUUCAGGCGCACAACGCCUUCAUCGAAAAGGAUCUGGACUUGGACUGAGUUGGCUGAAUAGAAAUUAAAAAUUGCUGACAAUAAAAGCUGCAUGUUCUUGAAUCAAUCUAUUAAGAAUAAAUUUGCAGUUUCCCUGUUCGAAUUGUUAACAUAUUAAAUAAUAAUUUGAUCGAAUGUGCGAAAAUAAAUCAAAUAUGUGAAUUUUAACUAUAGUUAAGCUGUUAAACUU